AUUUGGUAACGACACGCCUCUCUCACUCACCCAAACCUCCCCUUUAAAAAUCCCUCUUCUCCCCCUUUUCUCGUAUCUAGGGUUUUAGAUUCCUCUUUUCUUACUAAAAUCAACCUUGUUUCUUUCUCCUUGAAUCAAUUUCUUCAUAAUGAGCAACAACGACGGGAUUAAUUUCAACAUGUCCGGUCUCGGUGAUGCUCUUAACGAGGAUGCUCGAGCUGGUCUUGUUAACGCUCUCAAAAAUAAGCUUCAAAAUCUUGCUGGGGACGAUAUCAUGGAGAGCUUGUCACCGAUUGUCAGGAAGCGUGUGGAUGUUCUUAGAGAGAUCCAGAGCCAACACGAUGAAUUGGAGGCUAAGUUUUUUGAAGAAAGAGCAGCACUUGAAGCAAAAUAUCAGAAACUAUAUCAACCCCUAUAUGCCAAGCGAUAUGAUAUUGUGAAUGGUGUUGCUGAAGUUGAAGGAACAAAAAAUGAAGCAGCCAUGGAAGACCAAGGAGAGGACAAAGAUGCUGAAGAGAAAGGGGUUCCUGACUUUUGGCUUAUUGCAAUGAAGAACAAUGAAGUGCUUGCCGAUGAGAUUACGGAGCGUGACGAGGGAGCUCUCAAAUAUCUCAAAGAUAUUAAGUGGUUUAGGGUAGAUGAACCUAAAGGAUUCAAGCUUGAGUUCUACUUCGAUACCAACCCUUAUUUCAAGAAUUCUGUCUUGACAAAGACGUAUCACAUGAUUGAUGAGGAUGAACCUAUUCUAGAGAAAGCCAUUGGGACGGAAAUUGAAUGGUAUCCUGGAAAAUGCUUGACGCAAAAGCUUCUUAAAAAGAAGCCUAAGAAGGGAUCAAAGAAUGCCAAGCCAAUUACCAAAACGGAAGAAUGUGAAAGCUUCUUCAACUUCUUCAAUCCUCCUCAAGUUCCUGAUGAUGAUGAAGACAUUGAUGAAGAUACAGCUGAGGAGCUGCAAAAUCAAAUGGAGCAAGAUUAUGACAUCGGGUCAACUAUUCGAGACAAGAUUAUUCCACACGCUGUGUCCUGGUUUACAGGAGAAGCUAUUCAGGGUGAUGAUCUUGAUAUAGAUGAUGAUGAUGAUGAUGAUAACGAAGACGAUGAUAUUGAUGAAGAUGAUGAUGAGGAUGAGGAAGAGGGUGAUGAGGAGGAAGAUGAUGAGGAUGAGGAUGAAGGAACUAAGACCAAAAGGAAGUCCUCUUCUCAGAAGAAGGGGGCAAAAACACAUGGAGAUGGGCAGCAAGGUGAGAGGCCUCCAGAAUGCAAGCAGCAGUAGAAUAUGAUGGCUGCUAUCCACAGAUGAGUGUCGAAGUUCGAAGCGUGUUCUAUAAGAUGUCACAGUUAGAAGAAAAGGGGCAAGGGAGGGUUUGCAGUUUUGAUGGUUAUUUAUUUUUACAUUUUUCAUGUUAUGCCAGGAACAUAGAUUGGUUUGAAGAAUCCUUCGUUUACCCUUUGUGGUUUGUUUCUAGUAAUGGUAAGUCUCAGAUGUGUUGGUAUUUUUGUUUUUUGAAGAAUGUUUCCAGAAACUCUGGAUUAUAUGUCCUGCCUCAGUGUUCUUCUUGUGGUAGACUUUUAUCAAUUAUUUAAUGGCCAGUCUGAUUACAGUUAUUUUUUAA